AUGGAGAAUGGCCAUGCCUCGAACGGUGAGGCCCCAUAUUACGAUCUAGGGGAAUACAGACGAGAUGCUCAAACGACAUCUCACGAAGCGCAAGCAUGGUUCGCCCGUGGUCUUGUGUGGUGCUACUCAUUCAACCAUGAAGCAGCCAUGCAGUGUUUUGAGGCGGCGACUGUACAUGAUGCGAGUUGCGCAUUAGCCCACUGGGGUAUUGCUUACGCUGUUGGCCCGAACUACAACAAGUCAUGGCGCAUGUUCACACCGGAAGAUCGCACAAAUUCCAUCGAAAAGAUACUUCGCGCCUUGUCGCAAGCCAAUGACGUCGCGGCCGCUGCCUCGCCCGUGGAGAAAGCACUCAUCACGGCCCUCAAUGCUCGCUUCCCAAAGAGUAACACAGAUGUUCCAAACGACCUAUCGGCGUUCAAUUACGCCUAUGCAAAAGCUAUGCGCUCGGUCUACGAAGAGUACGGGGAAGAUCUCGACGUGGUCGCACUAUUCGCCGAUGCCGUCAUGUGCACUCGUCCGCGUCAGCUCUGGGACCUCAACACCGGGAAGACUACAGGCACAGAUGUGGACGAGGCAAGAGCCGCUCUGGAGAGGGGCUUGGCACGUUCCGAUGGUCUCAAACACCCGGGUCUGUGUCAUCUGUACAUCCACAUGAUGGAGAUGUCGCCUUUCCCAGAAGUGGCUUUGCCCGCGGCUGACAGUCUGCGACGACUUGUACCUGAUGGCUCUCACAUGCAACACAUGGCCACACACAUCGACACAGCCUGUGGCGACUACCGUCGCUCUGUCGAUUCGAACUUUGACGCUAUACGUGCGGAUGACAAAUACUUCGGGAGUGGGGCCAAAGCAGCUCUCAUCUACAACGCAUAUCGAUCGCAUAACAUCCACGCUAUGGCCUACUCUGCCAUGAUGUCUGGUCGGUCUCGGGGCGCUCUCUACGCUGCGACACGGAUGUCUGAAGUAUUGACUUUGGAGUUCAUGUCGAUCAAGACGCCACGAAUGGUAGACUGGACCGAGUGGCAACUCGUAACGCUGCCUCACGUGUUGAUUAGAUUUGGUCGCUGGGACGAGAUUCUCGAGCUCCCGGAGCCGGUAGAUCCGGUUUUACUCUGCGUCUACAAAGCGACAAUCCAUUAUGCCAAAGGGAUUGCUUUCGCAGUACUUGGGAGGAUAGAUGAGGCAAGCCAGGCAAGAGACGCUUUCGAAAAGACCCGUCAGUCCGUACCGGAGGACCGUAUGUACAGUCCCUCCUCUCCAGCAGAACCCAUUCUAGCUGUAGCGUCGGCCAUGCUGGAGGGCGAGUUGGAGUAUCGCAAGGGUAAUCACUCUCAGGCAUUCUCCGUCUUACGACACGGCAUUAAGUUGGAGGAUAACCUCGCCUACGCUGAUCCGCCACUCUGGAUGCAACCCGUUCGCCACGCUCUGAGCGCACUCCUUCUGGAGCAAGGCCAGUCUGAGGAAGCCGAACUGCUUUAUCUAGAAGACUUGGGAUACAGUGAUAGCCAGCCUCGUCGGAAAGCGCGCAUCAACAACGUUUGGGGACUACAUGGUCUUUAUGAAUGUUUUAUGCGGAAUGGAAAGCAGGAAAAGGCCAAGAGCAUACGCCUCCAGCGUGACAUUGCCGUGGCUUCCGCUGACAUUUCCAUCGAGUCCUCAUGUUUUUGUCGACUGUCAGCGUCAAGCAGUGAGCAAAGCUGUCAUUCUACAUAG